AUGAGUCAGAGAAUGGCAAAGGACGGCCCCAGGCUCUCCAAGAACCAGAAGUUUUCUGAGCACUUCAGCAUACACUGCUGCCCGCCAUUUACCUUCCUCAACUCCAAACGGGAGAUUGUGGAUCGUAAAUACAGCAUCUGCAAGAGUGGCUGCUUCUACCAGAAGAAAGAAGAGGACUGGAUCUGCUGUGCCUGCCAGAAGACCAGAUUGAAAAAGAAGACCAAGCCACCUCCAAAGAAGAAGUGA